ACUGACACAUCCUCAAAACUACUGAUUGGAAUUGAUCUAGUACGUCGCAGUUAUGUAGGGGUGUAUUAAUGCUGCUGCUGAGUGGAGAUUGGCAUUGCUUCUUUAAAAGGUUCCAAUCAGCAAUAUUUUGUAAACAAAAGAAACGUCACCUUAACACUGUCCCCCAUGGUACUGAAAGUUUCACGAGAAUUUGUCGUAUUUUCUAAUAAAUGAGUACAUAUUUCACAUGACACGCCAGUUUUUACGUUGUUUCUCGACUGCAGUGCGGCUGCAUGCCAAAGUCGUGCCGAACAACCUCAAAGGUAAAAGCAAAAGUUCCCAAGAAUGGCUCACCCGGCAGCUAUCCGACCCAUACGUGGAAAAGGCGAAAAUUAUGAAUUACCGCUGCCGCAGUGCCUUCAAGCUACUUGAAAUAGAUGACAAGUACAAAAUCAUGAAGCCAGGAGAUGUAGUAAUCGACUGUGGAGCAGCCCCUGGCAGCUGGACGCAAAUAGCAGCCACACGAACAAAUGCCAGUGGAGCGAAAUCUCACCUACCGAAAGGAACCGUCGUGAGCGUUGAUGUCCUCCAAUUUCAUCCAGUUGCGGGCGCGAUAACUCUGGGUGGAAUGGACUUCACACUGCCGACGGCCCAGGAGAAAAUCCGGUCGAUCCUCGCCGGAAAGCAAAUUAAUUGCGUCCUUUCUGAUAUGGCUCCGAACGCGACAGGGGUUCGACUCCUCGAUCAGGAGAACAUUACGAGAUUUUGCUAUUCAGUUCUGAAAUUUGCAGUCUCCAUGGCGGCCGCGAAUUCCAACCUUGUGGUCAAAGUUUGGGACAAUGCAGAAGUUCCCAAGCUGGAGGCGGAUAUGUUGCGAUUUUACGACAACGUGAAGCGGAUAAAGCCUCGGUCGAGCAGAAGCAAUUCAUCGGAGUUUUUCCUGUUAGGCAGGGGAUUUAAAGGGACGGAGAAGACAGGAAAUUAAAAAGAGGUCACAGUUCGAAAUAAAUUUUCUAUUUUAUUGUGAAA